AUGAAGAACAAGGAUGAGGAGGACUACGCGAAGAUGAAGAUGAUGACGAAGAAGGAGAAGAAAAAGGAGAAGAAGAAGAAGAAGAAGAAGAAGAAGAAGGAGAAAAGUAGGAGAAAAAAGCGAGGGUCAGCUAGACCAGUUUCUGAAAACUGGUGGAACAUCGUUUUGGAGAAAAUGAAGCCAAAGCAAUUUGUUGUUGUUUGUUGUCGUUGUUGA